AUGGUUUGCUACUGCCCACCUCAAGCCAGGCAGCCCCUGAUCAAAUUGGUGCAAACCCGCCAAAACCCACCUGCGUCUGGUCGAGGUCGCAGGUGCGUAUCCUACUACGGUCGAAAAACCUAUAUAAAUCGUUCCAGUACCUCCAAGGCUGCGUGUGACGGCCGUCAAGCAGAUCCCAAUUUGUCUCUGCAAUCACCUUCUCGAGCUGGAUCUGCUACCCACUGCCUUGAGGAUCAGGCUAUUAAGCCAAAUGCUCCUGGCGGAGUCCCUCAAGCAAACCCCCGAACCAACCACUGCCUUGUGGGUAAGGCGAUUGAGCCAAAGGCUCCGGGUGGAGUCCCUCAAGCAAACCUCCGAAGCAAAACGACCAUCUCGCGUGCGAUUGCCUACCAAAGCAAUUGUAUGCAAGCGCGCAAAGCACUCAGCAUCGGGUACUGGAACGUGCGCACACUACUGGACCGGAAAUCCAGUGAGCGCCCCGAGCGACGCACGGCACUGGUCGCGAUGGAGCUGGCGCGUUACCACAUCGAUAUUGCGGCACUCUGUGAAACUCGGUUCGUUGAGCAAGGUAAGUUGCAUGAAACAUAUGCUGGCUACACAUCCUACUGGGUGAGCAACGCCGCAUCAGCGCCAUGUGACCAUGGGGUCGGAUUUGUAUUAUCCGAUCGCCUCCAUGGCCAGCUGGUGGGUAAACCAACAGACAUCAGCGCGUGA